AUGUUUGCCAACAUGGACCCCAAGAAGCAGGCUGAACAGAUGGCAGCAGCAAGAGCUCUUGCCGCGGAGUUCAGCAAAGCCAAGGGAGGCAGCAGUAGGGGCAGGAACAGCGGACGAGGACGCAUGAACGAUGGCGGCAGUGGCAGCAGGCCUGGCGGCAUCGGAAGAGCAACCCCUACUCGAUACGAUGCUCCUCCGACUCAGAUGAACCGUCCUAUGCCUUCUUCUUCGCGUGCUGUCUUCACGCAGCCGCAAGUCAAUCGAGCCAGAGUCCAGCCUUCCGUCGUCACUCGUGUCGAUCCCACGCUCGCGGGUUGGUUGGCAAACACGCCUCAGACUGGUCCAGCGACGCCGGUGACGCCCACGAUGCCGACGAUUCCCGCGAACACAGUGCCUGCUCGCUCUGACGCUCCGAUGGGAAUCGAUCAGAAACUCGCCAGCUGGCUUACACCCAAGCUUAGCCCGGUUGCCGCUUCUCCCAAGGAGACUUCGACCAGCCGUGCCUCGUCAAGCAUACCUGUCACCAAAAUUGAUGGCCCUGAGACAUCGAAAGCCGCCGUUCCCGGAAACGCUCAAGCUAUCUUUCAAUCUAACGCUCCUCCGCCUUCUCUGGAAAAUGAGGCUGUCUUCCCUCCUGAGACGACUGUCCGUUCGAAGCCGAGUGGCUUUGGAAAGAGCUUGCGGAUCGCUCACGAGGCAAAAGUCAUCAGGGAACAGAAUAAUAUGAGCGGAGUGGGAACUACUGCCAGUUCCAACUUGGAUGCCAAAGCUUUCGCUCUUUUCGCCAAAGACAUUGAGUUGGUGACACAGCCGCAGUCUAACCACAACGUACAGGCUCCUCGUCUUCCUGAAACCGUUCACCACGACAAGCAAUAUGCUGAAGCCUCCUCCUCCACGAAGACUGAGACCUCUGCUGUUAAGUCAGAGCUCAAAUUCGGUUCCGUCGAAUGGGCUCUGGCGCAGCUCGAAAGUGGCCGGGAACUUCCUGGCCACCAUGAGUUCCACGCUCGCAUGGCUCAAGAAGUCGGAAACAAGUCUGGCGCUGUGCCCGCCACUGAUACUCAUUCCGGAAUUAUCAACAACACUCAGCCCCUCAUUGAGCAGCAGGAGACAACCGACGAAAAGAAAACAGCGGAGCCUCAGAUGAAGGAACCCUACUGCAACUGCCCUAAGAGAAGCCACCCAAUUAUUGGCUUGGCGGCUUCAUGCUACAACACGGAUUCUGACGGCGAUCAUGACCUCACUCGCAUGAAAGGUGCGUCGGAUGCAGUGAAGAACAGGUUCGCGGUCAACGUAAUCCUCCACGAGCACUCGAACCCAGACUGUCCCAAGCUGCUUCAGGCUGCUGCCCAAUUCCCUCUUCACUUCGGCGCCAGCCCUGCCAUUGUAGAUGACCCCGACGAUCAUCUCCAGGUCAUCCAAUGGAAGGACUCGGACGGCGUAUCCGGUCCCUCGAGCAGUGUGCCCGUUCGGAAUAUCAAUUCAUCUGGCCAUCAGAACAACUCGCCCGGCGCUUCGAAUAGUUUGGCUGUCGCCUUCAACAACUCGUCCGGUCCUCCUUUGGCUGGUGCUCCAGUCCCACAGCCGUCUGUCCGCCGCCGUAGAGGCAUCAACGAAUCGAUGUGGGCUUAG